AUGAGCGUUCCUCCGCCGUCCGUGGCGGCGAUGUGGACGCCGUUCACGGCGGCUCAGUGGCACGAGCUGGAGCACCAGGCCCUCAUCUUCAAGUACCUCAAGGCGGGUCUCUCCGUCCCCCCUGACCUCCUUCUCCCCAUUCGCAAGAGCCUUCAAUUCAUGGCACAGCCAUCUCUUGGGGGCUACUACGGGAAGAAGAUAGACCCUGAACCGGGUCGGUGCCGGAGAACCGAUGGGAAGAAGUGGAGGUGUUCGAGGGAUGCUCAUCCUGACUCCAAGUACUGUGACCGCCAUAUGAUACGACGUCGUUACCGUUCAAGAAAGCCUGUGGAAUCUCAACCUCACUCUUCUUCUGCUACUUCAAACCCUGUUGCUGCUUCUGCUUCUGCUGCUUCUGCAAGUGGUUCUGCUGUUUCAUCUGCAAGUGGUUCUGCUGCUGCUGCAGCUGCAACAACCCUUCACACCCUUCCCUUGCACACUAAUGGUGCUCGGGAGGGUUUCACUUUCACCCUUGGGAACAACGCGACCACCACCGCCACUACCCUCUCCCACCUUCACAUGGACCCCCUCACUCUUUCAGGUGACAACAGCAAGAAAACUUACAGGUUUGGACUGAACUCAGAAGCAGAUGAGCACGUCUUACAGAAAGAUCUGGGAAGCGUGAGGUAUCAAGGGUAUGACUUCACCUCAGACAGCAUGUGGUCGCAUAUGUCUCAGAUUCCAUCAAAUACUGUUUCGGAAUCAAGGAGUGGUUCUACUAUGCUGGGCAACUGCUUCCAACAGCAAACAAUGCGAGAUGCUGAACUGUUGAACCUGGAAACUGCAAGGACCAAAGACCUUAUCUUUAGUAGCCAGUUAAGUUCAGCUGGGAGUUUGAAACAGGAAUAUCAGUCUCCUCAGUCUCUCUUCAGUGAAUGGGACUGGAAGAAGGAUUUAAGUUCCUCUGCCAUUGAGUAUAGACCCAACAAGGAUUUUAACUGCAAUCCAGAUGUCAAUGUUGAUUAA